GGCGGUGCGGUUCCAAAUUUAAUGCAGUCAACUUUCGUCUACACGGGCGCCGUUCCUCUUGGAAUGUGCUGGUUCUGAGACAGAGGCGGAGUUGAGGACAAAGGUUUUAUGGGAAAAACGGAGGACAUCAACAACUUUUCAACGGGACUAUAAACUAUUAAAGCACUAGGUCUACAUUAAGGAAAACCACAGUCUCUUUGUGGUGGGCCACCCCACCCCCGUGCAGCACCAUGUCCAAGUACCUGAGGCAUUUCACCACGGUGGGUGAUGACCACACAGCCCAUUGGCACAACGAGGGGCUGCAUGAGGCUAGAGAGGAGACUGGACCAGCCACAGGACAGCUGCCCCACGGGCAAGUCACCUUCAGAGACUCCCUGAAGAGACUCUACAGCUCAGACAGAUUCCAGAUAGCUGUGGUAUGCCUGGUCAUCCUGGAUGCAUUCUUUGUGCUGGGCGAGCUACUGAUCGACCUGUCAAUCAUCAAGUUGGAGCAUGGGCACGUUGCCCCUCAGGUCUUCCACUACCUGAGUCUGGCUCUUCUCACCUUCUUCAUGGUGGAGCUGGCUGGAAAGCUCUUUGCCUACCGGCUGGAGUUCUUCCAUCACAAGUUUGAGGUGUUUGACGGGCUGGUGGUGAUUGUGUCCUUCAUCCUGGACAUUGUGUAUAUCGCCAGUGAAGAUGCCUUUGACGGCAUGGGCCUCCUGAUCCUCCUCAGGCUCUGGAGGGUGGCCAGGAUCGUCAACGGGAUCCUGGUGUCUGUGAAGUCAAGGGCCGAUCGCGAAGUUCAAAAGCUGAAGGAGAGCAACGAUCACCUGGUCCAGCAAGUUAACGACCUACAAGAGCACAAUGGCAAGAUGGAAAAGGAGAACAGUAAACUACAAGCUAUCCUCCGACAGCAUAAAAUUGAGUUCUGAUGCAGGAAGAGGAACAGGAUGCCGUUUUUCAUUAUCCACUUAUAGUGUCAUUGGAAUUGUUCAAUAAACAAGGCUAUAUUCUAAGUGGUCCAUACACCAUCCAUACACCAUUUCAGUAAGUAAUUCCACAAUGACAAGAGCUUACACUGAGUUACUAGCCUGGUCCUAGAGCUGUUUGUACUCUUGCCAACUCAAUUGUUGUCAUUGUCAAGCCAAACCUUUGGCAUGCCAAUAAGUUGGUAUGAUAACACACUGGCGCUCAGGCUAGAGACAAUUGAAGUCAAAAGUUUACAUACACCUUAGCCAAAUACAUUUAAACUUAGUUUUUCACAAUUCCUGACAUUUAAUCCAAGUAAAAAUUCCCUGUCUUAGGUUAGUUAGGAUCACCACUUUAUUUUAAGAAUGUGAAAUGUCAGAAUAAUAGUAGAGAGAAUGAUUUAUUUAAGCUUUUAUUUCUUUCAUCACAUUCCCAGUGGGUCAGAAGUUUACAUCCACUCAAUUAGUAUUUGGUAGCAUUGCCUUUAAAUUGUUUAACUUGGGUCAAGCCUUCCACAAGCUUCCCACAAUAAGUUGGGUGAAUUUUGGCCCAUUCCCCCUGACAGAGCUGGUGUAACUGAGUCAGGUUUGUAGGCCUCCUUACUCGACACAUGCUUUUUCAGUUCUGCCCACAAAUAUUCUAUAAGAUUGAGGUCUGGUCCUUUGUGAUGGCCAUUCCAAUACCUUGACUUUGUUGUCCUUAAGCCAUUUUGCAAGCAUGCUUGGGGUCAUUGUCCAUUUUAGAAGACCCAUUUGCGACCAAGCUUUAACUUCCUGACUGAUGUCUUGAGAUGUUGCUUCAAUAUAUCCACCUAACUUUCUUUCCUCAUGAUGCCAUCUAUUUUGUGAAGUGCACCAGUCUCUCCUGCAGCAAAGCACACCCACAACAUGAUGCUGUCACCCCCAUGCUUCACGGUUGGGAUGGUGUUCUUUGGCUUGCAAGCCUCUCCCUUUUCCUCCAAACAUAACAAUGGUCAUUAUGGCCAAACAGUUCUAUUUUUGUUUCAUCAGACCAGAGGACAUUUCUCCAAAAAGUACAAUAUUUGUCCCCAUGUGCAUUUGCAUACCGUAGUCUGUCGUUUUUAUGGUGGUUUUGGAGCAGUGGCUGCUUCCUUGCUAUAGGACUCAUUUUACUGUGGAUAUAGAUACUUUUGUACCUGUUUCCUCCAGCAUCUUCACAAGGUCCUUUGCUGUUCUGGGAUUGAUUUGCACUUUUCGCACUAAAGUAUGUUCUUCUCUAGGAGACAGAACACGUCUCCUUCCUGAGCGGUAUUGUUUGUACAGAUGAACGUGGUACCGUCACGCGUUUGGAAAUUGCUCACAAGGAUGAACCAGACUUGUGGAGGUCUUGGCUGAUUUCUUUUGAUUUUCCCAUGAUGUCAAGCAAAGAGGCACGGAGUUUGAAGAUAGGCCUUGAAAUACAUCCACAGGUACCCUUCCAAUUGACUCAGGCUAAUUGACAUCAUUUAUCAAAAGCUUCUAUAGCCAUGACAUUUUCUGUAAUUUUCCAAGCUGUUUAAAGGCACAGUCAACUUAGUGUAUGUAAACUUCUGACCCACUGGAAUUGUGAUACAGUGAAUUGUAAGUGAAGGAAUCUGUAAACAGUUGUUGGAAAAUGACUUGUGUCAUGCAAAGUAGAUGUUCUAACCGACUUGCUAAAACUAUAGUUUGUUAACAAGAAAUAUGUGGACUGGUUGAAAAACAAGUUUAAUGACUCCAACCUAAGUGUAUGUAAACUUCUGACUUCAACUGUGGAUUCCACAUCAUGAGCAAAUGUUAGGUCAACCUUCCAACCAUGAUCUGCAUAUUCAAGCUAAUUUUAAAAGCUGAUAACAUUUAAUUGAUUAGUAGGAUUCAUAUCAUAUGCCAGUAUCCUGCUUUGCAAUACAAAGUUACAUUUGAUAUUUGUAUCAAAAUGUAUGGAUUUGUAUGUGCUAUGCCUGUAUUCAAAUAAGAAAUUAAUUGUCAUCUAAUUGGUUGUAAAUAAGACCCUGUGAUGAAUGUAG